AAGAAGAAGAAGCUUCCUUCCACUUGACCAUUUCCGCGUCCAUCCCAUUGAUUGUGUCUUAGCUCCAAUGCUACCCAGUUGAGUUCUCCACCUGCAUAUAAAUCUCCUCCAUAACACUCCCCUUCUUCUUCACAUUUGCCCAACAGAGAAGAAAACAUAAACCACUCCAUACUCUGUUCAAAACUCACCAUGGCUUGCUUCUCUUCACUUUUUCUGCUUCUUGCCGUCGCCACAGUGCUUGUGGCUGCUUCAGCAGCUGCCAAUUUCUACCAGGACUUCGAUGUCACUUGGGGAGACGGCAGAGGCAAGAUCCUCAACAAUGGCGAUCUCCUCACUCUUUCCCUCGACAAGGCUUCCGGCUCGGGAUUCCAGUCCAAGAACGAGUAUCUGUUCGGCAAGAUUGAUAUGCAGCUCAAGCUCGUCCCUGGCAACUCUGCUGGAACUGUUACUGCAUACUAUUUAUCGUCGAAAGGAGCGAACUGGGAUGAAAUCGAUUUCGAGUUCUUGGGGAAUUUGAGCGGCGACCCGUACAUCCUCCACACUAACGUCUUCAGCCAGGGGAAAGGAAACAGAGAGCAGCAGUUUCAUCUGUGGUUCGACCCAGCUGCCGAUUUCCACACCUACUCCAUCCUCUGGAACCCGCAGCGCAUCAUUUUCUCAGUCGACGGCACCCCGAUCAGGGAGUUCAAGAACAUGGAGAGCAACGGCAUUCCUUUCCCAAAGAAUCAGCCGAUGAGGAUUUACUCCAGCCUGUGGAACGCCGACGACUGGGCUACGAGGGGCGGGCUGGUGAAGACGGAUUGGUCGAACGCUCCAUUCACAGCCUCAUACCGCGGCUUCAAUGCCAAUGCCUGCGUGUGGACCAACGGCAAAUCUUCUUGCUCUGCAGCAGCGUCAACGACUCCGGAUUCCUCUUCCGCCGAGUGGCUGUCGGAGGAGAUGGACACCACGGGCCAAGAGAGGCUGAAAUGGGCGCAGAAGAACUACAUGAUCUACAAUUACUGCGCCGAUAACAAGAGGUUUCCACAGGGGAUUCCCCAGGAAUGCAGCCUCUCUUGAUAAACUAGACUGUUGUAAAGCUGUAACCUUUAGAGACAACCAUUCUUUUAAUUCUUUCCCCAUUCCUUGUGUAAUCAUCCAUUUUGCUUUGGAUGCUCUGUGUUUUCUGGUGAAAAACGUUUGGAGAAGAAAAAAAAAUAUAUUUCCGCUGCCUGGAUUUAAACCCGGAUUUCUAGGAUUGAAAUUGCCAAUGUGCUACAGCGGAUUUCGUUGAAAGAGUCACCUGGUUUUUUUAUAUUAUCAGAUGAAUAUAGCUUACUACUCCUUUGGCGCCACACAGCAACUAACUUGUUGAAGGUGAUCUUCUGUUGCUGUCUUGCUGAACAACAAAAAGUACACUAACAAAUUAUUGUAGAAAAAGAAUCGGUUUAGAU